ACGCCGGCCUCCGCGCCCUCUCGCGCCGCAGCAUCUCCGCGUCUCCCGACCUCCCCGGCUCAAGCUCCUGGCGCCGUCCGCCUCUGUCGUCGCUGCCACCAACGCCGCCGCCAUUCUUGGCGCGGAGCUGGCUGGGCCGGCCCCCGCCAAGAGCCGCCGCGGGUCAGACGCGCGUUCCAGACCCUGGUAAUAUCACAGAAGCACAGCCAAGUUCUGAAUACCGACAUGUCUGACAAUACUGAUCCCUAGAGAUGUCUUCCUGAAGCGUCCAUUCUAGAGGUACCAGGAACAACUCCAGAGACUCACGGCACAGGUCAGAAGGAAGCACCAGUAGCCUUUGGCGUGAGGUUGUGAAAGUGGCCAUUGCUAACCUGACAUGUGGGGACUCAAGAACCCCACUACUUAUGGGCUCCAGUCUGUGCCGCUGGUCCCAGCUCUGGGGCUCUGAGAGGUCCUUGCUGUUACGCCACAGCAGCCUGCUGCCAUCCAUGUGUGCCUGUUGCUGAAGGCCUCGGUGGCCCCACCCAUGAGGAUGUGUGCCCCCGGUAGGGGGCUGUUCCUGGCCCUGGUGGUAGUGUUGAGGACCGUGGUGGCAUUUGCACCUGUGCCUCGGAUCACCUGGGAACAUGGAGAGGUAGGUCUGGUGCAGUUUCACGAGCCAGGCAUCUUCAACUACUCGGCCUUGCUGAUGAGUGAGGACAAAGACACUCUGUAUGUGGGCGCCCGGGAAGCUGUCUUUGCAGUGAAUGCGCUAGACAUCUCUGAGAAGCAACAUGAGGUAUAUUGGAAGGUCUCUGAAGACAAAAAGUCCAAGUGCGCAGAGAAGGGGAAAUCCAAGCAGACGGAAUGCCUUAACUACAUACGAGUGCUGCAGCCGCUCACCAGCACCUCCCUCUAUGUGUGUGGGACCAAUGCAUUCCAGCCCACCUGUGACCACCUGAACUUGACAUCCUUCAAGUUUCUGGGGAAGAGUGAAGAUGGCAAAGGAAGAUGCCCCUUCGACCCCGCCCAUAGCUACACAUCAGUCAUGGUUGGGGGUGAGCUCUACUCCGGGACAUCAUAUAAUUUCUUGGGCAGUGAACCCAUCAUCUCACGAAAUUCUUCCCACAGUCCCUUGAGGACGGAGUAUGCCAUCCCGUGGUUAAAUGAGCCUAGUUUUGUCUUUGCUGACGUGAUCCAAAAACGCCCAGAUGGUACAGAGAGUGAAGAUGACAAGGUCUACUUCUUCUUUACGGAGGUGUCUGUGGAGUACGAGUUCGUUUUCAAGUUGAUGAUCCCACGAGUUGCCAGGGUGUGCAAGGGUGACCAGGGUGGCCUGCGGACUUUGCAAAAAAAGUGGACCUCCUUCCUAAAGGCCAGGCUGAUCUGCUCCAGACCAGACAGUGGCCUAGUCUUCAAUAUACUCCAGGAUGUGUUUGUGCUGAGGGCCCCGGACCUCAAGGAGCCUGUGUUCUAUGCGGUCUUCACCCCACAGCUGAACAAUGUGGGUCUGUCAGCUGUCUGUGCCUACACGCUGGCCACAGUGGAGGCCGUCUUCUCCCGUGGAAAAUACAUGCAGAGUGCCACAGUGGAGCAGUCUCACACUAAGUGGGUGCGCUACAACGGCCCAGUGCCCACUCCCCGGCCUGGAGCGUGUAUCGACAGUGAGGCCCGGGCAGCCAACUACACCAGCUCCUUGAAUCUCCCAGACAAAACGUUGCAGUUUGUAAAAGACCACCCUUUGAUGGAUGACUCUGUGACCCCGAUAGACAACAGGCCCAAGCUGGUCAAAAAAGAUGUAAACUACACCCAGAUAGUUGUAGACAGGACCCAAGCCCUGGAUGGCACCUUCUAUGAUGUCAUGUUCAUCAGCACAGACCGGGGAGCUCUGCAUAAAGCCGUCAUCCUUGCAAAAGAGGUCCACGUUGUUGAGGAGACCCAGCUCUUCCAGGACUCUGAACCGGUCCUAACUCUGCUGCUAUCGUCAAAGAAGGGGAGGAAGUUUGUCUAUGCUGGCUCCAACUCAGGAGUGGUCCAAGCUCCGCUGGCCUUCUGCGGAAAGCACAGUAGCUGUGAAGACUGUGUGCUAGCACGGGACCCAUACUGUGCCUGGAGCCCGGCCAUCAAGGCCUGCGCUACCUUGCACCAGGCAGAGGGCUCCAGCAGGGGCUGGAUUCAGGACAUGAGUGGCGACACAUCCUCGUGCAUGGAUAAGAGUAAAGAAAGUUUCCAUCAGCAUUUUUUCAAGCAUGGCGGCACUGCAGAACUCAAAUGUUUCCAAAAGUCCAACCUGGCCCGGGUGGUGUGGAAGUUCCAGAAUGGCGAGUUGAAGGCUGUGAGUCCCAAGUAUGGCUUCGUGGGUGGGAAGCACCUGCUCAUCUUCAACCUGUCAGACGGAGACAGCGGUGUGUACCAGUGCCUGUCAGAGGAAAGGGUGAGGAAUAAAACGGUCUCCCAGCUGCUCGCCAAGCACAUCCUGGAAGUGAAGAUGGUACCUCGGAUCCCCCCGUCACCUACCUCACAGGCUGCUCAGACAGAAGGUAGUAGGAUCACAUCCAAAAUGGCAUCUACCCAGGGGUCCUCUCCCCCUACCCCGGCUCUGUGGGCAACCUCCCCCAGGGCCGCCACUCUACCUCCCAAGUCCUCCUCCAUCGGCACACCCUGUGAACCAAAGAUGGUCAUCCCCCAGCUCCACUCCGAGAAGACGGUGUAUCUCAAGUCCAGUGACAACCGCCUGCUCAUGUCUCUCCUCCUCUUCAUCUUUGUCCUCUUCCUCUGCCUCUUUUCCUACAACUGCUACAAGGGCUACCUGCCCGGACAGUGCUUAAAAUUCCGUUCAGCCCUGCUGCUUGGAAAGAAAAAACCCAAGUCAGAUUUCUCUGACCUGGAGCAGAGUGUGAAGGAGACGCUGGUCGAGCCUGGGAGCUUCUCACAGCAGAACGGCGACCAGCCCAAGCCAGCCCUGGAUACUGGCUAUGAAACGGAGCAGGACACCAUCACCAGCAAAGUCCCCACGGAUCGAGAGGACUCGCAACGGAUCGACGAACUCUCUGCCCGGGACAAACCGUUUGAUGUCAAGUGUGAACUGAAGUUUGCAGAUUCGGAUGCUGACGGGGACUGAGGCCAGCAUGUCCCAACCCGUGCCCCUCCGUCGUCGUGGAGAGUGUUGUGUUGAACCUAUUCAGUAGCCACGUCUUGUCACUGUGUGCCAGCCUCAGUUCUUUGUCCCUUUCUCUCUUGGGUUGAGCCUGUGACUCGUCCCCUUUGUCCUUUUGGGAAGCAAGUAUCUAUUCCAGUCUCAAGUCCUGCAGUUGUUGGAGCGCUUAUGCACCUGAGCCCUUUGUGUCCUGGGGGAGAGACGGCCACCUCCAUGGGCUGAGAAGAACCACCCCUUCCUCUUCGCUUUUCCCAGCAGCCACUGAAAGAUAAUUUAAUUCCAGAUUGGAAAUGACCUUUUAGUUUAUCAGAUUGGUAACUUAUCUCCUGCUGUCCAGACAGCACGGACAUUUUUCUUUCACUUAAUUGUUAUUUUAGGAUUUUCGUUCCUAUUGUGUUGACGUCUUAGGUCAUUUUUUUUUUUAAGUUACCGGAGGAGAUGUUUUAAUAUUCAUGAGAAGACGAACAUUUUCUAGAUUUUUUUUUUGUUAUAUAUUGAGAUAAAAUAUGGCUAUGUUGCUUAAGAUUCUCAGGGAUAGACUUAUUUUUGCUAAAUUCAUUCUUUCCUGCUGUUAGGAACGUAGGCCUAAAACGGUCCCUUGAGCUCGCUCACCCUUUCGUUUUGGUGGGGUUUUUGUUUUUAGUUUUUAAUUUUACUCAUUUUGAAGGAUUUUCUUUCUGAACUUUUUUUUUAUUUUUAUUUUUCCUGCCAUACAUCUACAAGGUGGGUUUGGAGUGAGGGCAGGUGGCCCAGUGGCUGUGGGUGGCGAUUAAGCUGUUCCCAUGAGGGGAGGAGGGUUUAUACCCCAUGGCCCUGCUGCUGCUUGGCACCUCCUGCCCUGACGGAUGGCGUCUUCAUGAGGAACACAUCCUGCCUCUCCUUGCUUCUGUCUCUCACCACUGCCCUUGGACUUGCGCCUUGACUGUCCACGAAAGACAGAAAUGGGUUGGGUAGUUGGGCUCCCAGCCUCGGACGGUGACCUCAACGUCCCGUGUGGGCAGCCGCUGCUGCAGCCUGACUCCUGCCGGCGUCUUUCAGGAUGUUAAUGGGUGGUAUGAUUCUGACAUUUGUUUCUCACUUACUGUGUGUGGAGCACACUCAUUCCAUGUAGAGGGUGACGGACUCUGGAUUCCCCGUGCCGUGUAGACACUCAUCUUCAGCAUGACAUGAUCUACCAUUCGGUGUAAACAUUUGUGUUUAUAAGAUUUACUUUGUUUUUAUUUUUCUACUUGGAACUGUACACAUUGAAAAGUACCCAAAUAAACCAGAAGCUUUAUCAUUGA